AAAGAUGGCGGCGGCCCCUGCGGUGGGAGAGAUCUGGGCACUAGCUGCGGCUAAAGCUGCAGGCGGGCCCGCGGGGGCGCUGCACGAGGGUAGUAGGGGGUGGCCCUGAGCUGGGGCCUGGCCCCGGCUGGCCUCCCCCGCCGCCUCACCCGGGGACAGGCACAGGGGAUACAAUGAUUGAUAUGAUAGACAUGGUUCCUGCCCUCCAUGCAUGUAGCUAGUAUGGCAGCCUAGGUUCACACCAACCUCCAUAUUCAAACGCUGAUCGUCUCUUCUCCUCCCAGGUCCAGCCUGUGGUGUCCACAAUGCCCCAGGCUUCUGAGCACCGCCUGGGACGGACCCGAGAGCCACCUCUUAAUGUCCAGCCCCGACUGGGAUCCAAGCUACCAUUUGCUCCCAGGGCCCGGAGCAAGGAGCGUCGAAACCCAGCCCCUGGGCCGAACCCUGUGUUACGACCUCUGCCUCCUAGGCCAGGUCCCCCUGAGGAACGGCUCAAGAAACUGGAGCUGGGACGGGGACGGACCUCAGGCCCUCGUCCCAGAGGCCCGCUUCGGGCAGAUCAUGGAGUUCCCCUGCCUGGCUCACCACCCCCAACUGUGGCUCUGCCUCUCCCAUCAAGGACCAACCUAGCCCGUUCCAAGUCUGUGAGCAGUGGGGACUUGCGUCCAAUGGGGAUUGCCUUGGGAGGGCACCGCGGCACUGGAGAGCUAGGGGCUGCACUGAGCCGCUUGGCUCUCCGGCCUGAGCCACCCACUUUGAGACGUAGCACCUCUCUCCGCCGCCUUGGGGGCUUUUCUGGGCCACCCACCUUGCUCAGCAUACGGACAGAGCCCCCUACUUCCCAUGGCUCCUUCCACGUGAUAUCUGCCCGGCCCUCUGAACCUUUCUACUCCGAUGACAAGAUGGCUCAUCACACACUGCUUCUGGGCUCUGGUCAUGUUGGCCUCCGAAACCUGGGGAACACGUGCUUCCUGAAUGCUGUGCUACAGUGUUUGAGCAGCACUCGCCCUCUUCGGGACUUCUGUCUGCGAAGGGACUUCCGGCAAGAGGUGCCUGGAGGGGGCCGAGCCCAAGAGCUCACUGAAGCCUUUGCAGAUGUGAUUGGUGCCCUGUGGCACCCUGACUCCUGUGAAGCUGUGAAUCCUACUCGAUUCCGAGCUGUCUUCCAGAAAUACGUUCCCUCCUUCUCUGGAUACAGCCAGCAGGAUGCCCAAGAGUUUCUGAAGCUCCUCAUGGAGCGGCUGCACCUCGAAAUCAACCGACGAGACCGCCGGGCUCCGCCAGUCCUGGCCAAUAGUCCAGCUCCCUCCCAACCCCGCCGUGGAGGGGCUCUGCUAGAAGAACCUGAGUUAAGCGAUGACGACCGAGCCAACCUAAUGUGGAAACGUUACCUGGAGCGAGAGGACAGCAAGAUUGUGGACCUGUUUGUGGGCCAGUUGAAAAGUUGUCUCAAGUGCCAGGCCUGUGGGUAUCGCUCCACGACCUUCGAGGUUUUUUGUGACCUGUCCCUGCCCAUCCCCAAGAAAGGAUUUGCCGGGGGCAAGGUGUCUCUGCGGGAUUGUUUCAGCCUUUUCACCAAGGAAGAAGAGCUAGAAUCGGAGAAUGCCCCAGUGUGUGACCAAUGUCGGCAGAAAACACGAAGUACCAAAAAGUUGACAGUACAAAGAUUCCCCCGAAUCCUCGUGCUCCAUCUUAAUCGAUUUUCCGCCUCCCGAGGCUCCAUCAAGAAAAGUUCAGUAGGUGUAGACUUCCCGCUGCAGCGACUGAGCCUAGGGGACUUUGCCAGUGACAAAGCCGGAAGCCCCGUAUAUCAGCUGUAUGCCCUUUGCAACCACUCGGGCAGUGUCCACUAUGGCCACUACACAGCCCUGUGCCGGUGCCAGACUGGUUGGCAUGUCUACAAUGACUCUCGUGUCUCCCCUGUCAGUGAAAACCAGGUGGCAUCCAGUGAGGGCUACGUGCUGUUCUACCAACUGAUGCAGGAGCCACCCCGGUGCCUGUGACAUCCCCUUUAAGCCCUGGCACCUGUGAAACCCUUUCAACACCCUCAAGCCCCCAGGCUCCCCAUUUACCUCAGAGACGUCUAUUUUUGUGUCUUUUUAAUCGGGGAGGGGGGAGGGGGUGGUUGUACCUCCCAUUAUUUUUUUUAUUAAAAAAUACCCUUCUACCUGGAGGCUCCCCUGUCUCCCAGCCCCAUGUACACAGCUCCCCAGGCCCCUGUCCGUGUACAGCCCCCAGACCCUCUACAGUCUCACUUUUUUUUGUGAAUAAAUUUAUUAAGAAAAAA